CCCGGGGCCGGUGGGCGGCAGGAGGCCCCCUCGGGCAGCGGGGGGCGCCACUGCCGGCUCACGGCAGCCCAGCGUGGAGACUCUGGACAGUCCUACAGGAUCACAUGUUGAAUGGUGUAAACAGCUUAUAGCUGCUACAAUUUCUAGUCAGAUUUCAGGUUCAGUGACAUCAGAAAAUGUAUCCAGAGAUUACAAGGAGAUACAGGAAGAGCACAAUGGCUACCCUUCUGAAGCUGAAGCUGAUCAGGCUCUAAGGGAUGGAAAUAAGCUGGCACAGAUGGAGGAAGCUCCACUUUUUCCAGGAGAAUCGAUUAAGGCCAUUGUGAAAGAUGUCAUGUAUAUCUGCCCAUUCAUGGGAGCAGUGAGUGGAACCCUGACAGUGACGGACUUUAAGAUGUACUUCAAAAACGUAGAGAGGGACCCACAUUUCAUCCUUGAUGUUCCCCUUGGAGUGAUCAGCAGAGUCGAGAAGAUUGGAGUACAGAGCCACGGAGACAAUUCUUGUGGUAUAGAGAUCGUGUGCAAGGAUAUGAGAAACUUGCGACUGGCUUAUAAACAGGAAGAACAGCGUAAACUAGGGAUAUUUGAAAACCUUAACAAACAUGCUUUUCCUCUUUCCAAUGGACAGGCACUAUUUGCAUUCAGCUAUAAAGAAAAAUUUCCGACUAAUGGCUGGAAAGUUUAUGACCCAGUGUCUGAAUAUAAGAGACAGGGCCUGCCCAAUGAGAGUUGGAAAAUAUCCAAAAUAAACAGUAAUUAUGAGUUUUGUGACACCUACCCUGCUGUCAUCGUUGUGCCAACUAGUGUGAAAGAUGAUGACCUUUCAAAAGUGGCAGCCUUUCGAGCAAAAGGCAGAGUCCCUGUGUUGUCAUGGAUUCAUCCGGAAAGUCAGGCAACAAUUACCCGUUGCGGCCAGCCGCUUGUGGGUCCCAAUGAUAAGCGCUGCAAAGAAGAUGAAAAAUACUUGCAAACAAUAAUGGAUGCCAAUGCACAGUCACACAAACUGAUCAUCUUUGAUGCCCGACAAAACAGUGUCGCUGAUACCAACAAGGCGAAGGGCGGAGGCUAUGAGAGUGAAAGUGCUUACCCAAAUGCAGAACUCAUGUUCUUGGAGAUCCACAACAUUCACGUGAUGAGAGAGUCACUACGUAAAUUAAAGGAGAUCGUAUACCCUUCCAUCGAUGAGGCCCGGUGGCUCUCCAACAUAGAUGGGACACAUUGGUUGGAAUAUAUAAGGAUGCUUCUUGCUGGCGCAGUAAGGAUUGCUGAUAAAAUAGAGUCUGGGAAAACCUCUGUGGUGGUGCAUUGCAGCGAUGGUUGGGACCGAACGGCCCAGCUCACGUCCCUGUCUAUGCUGAUGUUGGACAGUUAUUACCGGACUAUUAAAGGGUUUGAAGCUCUCAUAGAAAAGGAAUGGAUAAGCUUUGGACAUCGGUUUGCACUGCGAGUAGGCCAUGGUGAUGACAACCAUGCAGAUGCUGACAGAUCACCUAUAUUUCUUCAGUUUAUUGAUUGUGUGUGGCAAAUGACAAGACAGUUUCCUUCAGCAUUUGAGUUUAAUGAACUAUUCUUGAUUACAAUUUUGGAUCACCUUUAUAGCUGUCUCUUUGGGACCUUUCUGUGCAACUGUGAACAGCAACGAUUCAAAGAGGAUAUAUACACGAAGACUAUUUCUUUAUGGUCUUAUAUCAAUAGCCAGCUAGAUGAAUUUUCUAAUCCCUUCUUUGUGAAUUAUGAAAACCAUGUGUUAUAUCCUGUUGCUAGCCUGAGUCACUUGGAAUUAUGGGUCAACUAUUAUGUACGAUGGAAUCCACGGAUGAGACCACAGAUGCCGAUUCACCAGAAUCUCAAGGAGCUGCUGGCUGUCAGGGCGGAGCUGCAGAAGCGAGUGGAGGACCUGCAGCGGGAGGUGGCCACGCGUGCAGUCUCGUCGUCAUCGGAGCGGGGCUCGUCACCCUCCCACGCAGCCACUCCAGUCCAUACCUCAGUCUGAUGGGAAAUGGCCUGGCGGUUGCUGUCCUGCCUGGAGCCUGUGACCUUAAGACUCGGCCCAGGGACCAUGUGUGUGGCUAGGCGACAGCUCCCACUGUCGGCGAGUAUAUUCGUUGUGUGCACAGCCCGUUGCCCUCCUGUCAGUGGGGUCACCGGGACCCGCCUUCCCCUAGUCUAGGCAGCUCGGGAGAAACUCAGAUGGAGGUUUAAGGAAGUCUCCGACCUUUGCUUCCAAGUCACAGCCUUCGUUAAAUGCAACCACCAGUCAUGGAAAGACCACGUUGCUGGCCAGAGGCCUGCCUUCAGCUCUGCCACUUGAGACCUGUGAUGGGGAAGUACUUGCAGGGGAGGCAGGCCCUUGCCAUCUGUUCUAGUGACCUUCAUGCCACGGGGCCUCCUGUUCCAGUUACUGUCAUGUACAGAUAAGGUAUUUUUAAACAAGAGAAACAUGCCUUUAUUUUCCUACGUCCUUUUUUAUGUUUAGUGUAGUAGUCACGGGAGCAGAUAGCUGCUUAACUCUACAACGUGAGAAAUUCUUUUCCAAGCAAACCUCAUGCUAACUUUUAUGUGGUACAUUUGAACCAAGGUUGGUCCUCACCUAACUGGUACUUCCUUCCCGGGCUGUCCUGGUGCAUUGAUAGGGAUGGCAUGAAUUGGGCACACUGUCCUCGGGCAGCUCUGCACAGGUGCUGGCCUCCCCCACCGGCUCCCUUUGAGCAGCACCAUCUGUUGAGGGCCCCAGGCCGUCCACCCUUGCAUCCUGCUGCCUCAUUCCCAAUGCCUGUGGCUUGUAUGAAAGCAAAUGCACUUUCCCCAGUUGUAUGGUAAGUGAAAUACUUCUCAUCUCGGUCAUGGUCUCUUCCACUCGGCUUACUCCCACGACUGCCUGUUCAUAUUUUCAAGCAACCCCUGUGCUGUGGCUUCCUUUGGGAUAAAGCACGCACAACUUCCCAUGGUUUUUCCCUAAGCGUCAGCCUCAGCCCAUCAGGCCUCUGCUCUGGUUUUGCACCUUCACUUAGCAACUUCAAACUCUGCGAUUCCAUCUGUCCCUGCAGAAAUGAAGCUACCAUCAACUCUCAGCCCCUCUGUGACGUGCCCCAGAUAACUAGUGCACACCUGGGCCCUGUCACUGUAGGAGGUCAGCUGGUCUGCAGAGUUGGAGCCUCAGAUACGGGGCAACACCAGGGACAGCUGCAUUGCACUGUUACCUGGUUGUGUCCAAUUGCUGGAUGCACCUGCACCAUCCUGUGUACUGACCUUAUUUUUGAAAAUAUGUUGAAGGUUUUCUACAGCCAAAUACCUUAGAGAAUAGAGGUUUUUACAACUUAACCUUCUGAUAACUUACAGAAAACGAUCGUUCCUUAAGAUACCAGAAAUGGGGGCUGGCACUGUGGUGAAGUGGGUAAAGCCACCGCCCGCAGUGCUGGCGUCCCAUAAGGGUUCCCCUUAGAGUCCCGGCUGCUCCACUUCCAAUCUAGCUCCUUGCUACUGCGCCUGGGAAAUACAGCAGAGGAUGGCCCAAGUGAUUGGGCCCCCUGCACUCCACGUGGAAGACUCAGAAGAAGCUCCUGACUUCGGAUCAGCCCAGCCGGACCACUGUGGCCAUUUGAGGAGCGAGCCAGUGGAUAGAAAGUAUCUCUGUCCCUCUCUCUCUAACUCUACCUUUUAAAAUCUUAAAAGUUUCUUGGUGGUAAUUUGAUAAUCUAAAAUCAUUUCUCCAUUUUUAUCUGGGGAAUUUAUUUCUACAUCAUAGUUUAAUUGACAUUAGCUUCGAUUUAUACUCCUUACAUACCUGAAUAAACUGGAUUAUGAGUUGAUAGACUGGUUUAAAAAAAUGCUCCCAUUUCCUCCCCCCACCCCCACCCCCGGAAGUAUUUAAUCCUCCAGCUGCACCAGGACUAUUGCACAGUUGCAGCGACUGGAGAACACUUCGAACUUUGAAUAGGCCGAAUGGGCGGCUUGGUGCAGGUGAGGGUGGCAAGCCGACGCCCAGCCAGGGCCGUUCGCAUCUUUACCUGGUAGAUGCGGGCAGCUCUGCCAGCAGGAUCCCCAGCGCCCCCACUCAGCUGUUGAAGGAGCACAGAUCGUUUUCCUUUGUACAUUUCUUGCACAGAACUGUUUCUGAAACUUGAAGCAUAGUUCUGUUCACUAAGCAAUUCGUUUUAUUUAAGUGCACUAGAAUGGAAAACCUUUAUGGUUCAGGUUUUUAAAAACUGGUACAAUACUGUAUUUGCCUCAUCUGAUGCACUGUAUUUUAAUCUGUAAUUAAAAUUCUAUGUUUGCUCUGUG